AUGGCCGCAACCGCUCUUACAGAAGCCGAGUUGGCCACCCUUUCCGCCAAAGCCAUCGGCGCAAAGGACGUUGCAUAUUGCCCAUACUCUAAAUUUCGAGUCGGUGCCAGCCUUCUCGCAGAAGAUGGGACCUUUUUCGUCGGAGCCAACGUCGAAAACGCCAGCUAUCCUGUGGGGAUCUGCGCCGAAAAAUGUGUUUUUGGCACUGCCGUGGUUAGUCCAUUCCAGCGAGACACAUUCCCCCGCUUCCCCAGGAGUACAGCGGGUCAUAGGUCAUUCAAAGCCGUCGCUGUGGCUUCCGAUAUCAUCCCUGGAACAUCACCAUGCGGAUCAUGUAGACAGUUUAUGCGCCAAUUUUGCCCCCCGUCGUUCCCAGUCUACAUGUACGGCAACGAUGGCAAAUACGUGAUGAAGACUAUGGGAGAACUUCUUCCAGAUUCAUUCGGCCCCGAAGAUUUGGAGAGAUGA